CGACCGUAGCGCAAUCUGCGCGUGACUUUUUUCAGUUCGGACUUUUCACUUUUUCAGUUUUCAGUUUUUACCGGUAUUGGGUGUUUUUGCUUUUUCAGUAAACUUAAACUGUGUAAGUGAAGUUUGGUAACCCUACUCUCCCUAUUCUAGUCUUCAUGUAUUCAUGAUCAAUGAAAUUAAUCUGAUGAAUUUCAUUUUUUAUCACAAUCAUUAGUCGUCGUUACUCGUUUCCGUUUCAGUUCGAAAUUACAAAAACCAGAGAUCACACCGUAAGAGUAACCGCAUAAUAGUGUAAGUAAUAAGUACUCGACUACUUACAAAGUGUUUUUUCUCUCUUAUAUUAGUUAUUUUUCCGUGUUUGACGGUAUUAUUGGUAUCACCACAGAAGUUUUUUCGACGUCGUACUGUGGUAACGAGCAAUUAUUGUUAAUUAUUAUUACCGAUGAAAAUCAUUUCUCAGACAUGGCCAUGAAGAGGACCAUUGACUUCCAUCUGAACGAUCAACGGAAAAAAGCCAAUCUAUAUAGAGCGAUCAAAAACGAUUUGGGUAAUGACUCUAGUACCGAUGAGGAGUCAAUUAGCUUAUCGCCUGCUGACUUAUUUCCUCUCAGUCAUUAUGCCAACGAUCCUGAACAGUUAAUUCAUCAAUUGUUUUCUGUUGUACGUGGUAAACGACUUGCUCGACUUAUACCACCUGAACUUAAGGAUAUGACAUUUGAAGAGUUAAAAACAGAUUGUUUAAUACAGUUAUUGUGCAUGUCAAAGAAGCGAGUGUUGGCUACAUUGGAAGGGAAAGAAAUGAAUUCUUCAUCAGACUCUGAUGACUCUGUUGAUGGUAAUAAGAAACAAAAUAAAUUAGAAGCAGAAAAAAAAGAUGAAAUUGGCCAAAAGAGAUAUCAUAAAGAAAAACGGACAAAAUCAUCAAAAAAGAAAAAAAUUGAAACAGAUAGUGAAACUGAACAAGAGAAAUCAAAGGAAAAAGAAGGAAAAACUUUGUUGGAAAUUUUAGAACUAGAAAUGAAAGCAAAGGCUAUACGUGCCCUACUUGGGCCUAAUCAAAAAGAUAACAAUAGUAAUACACAAAUUGAAGAAGCUAUUAAAAGUGAAAUAAUUGGAGAAAAAAUCGAAGAAAAAAAUAAUGACAACAAGAGUUGGAAUGAACGCUAUGAAGAAAGAGAAGAUGUUAAAGAUGUAGUUAAAACUAGCAAGUUGUGUACGAAUAUGAGACGUCGUAUGCUUCUACAUCAACAAAAAAUGCUGGCAGAUAGAGCAAAAUUGAAGGCUGCAGAAACCGAAAAAAUUAAAUCUGAAGAAACGAUAAAAUCAAAAUUGGAAGAAAAAUUACAAAAUGUCCAUUUCAAAAAUGAUGAAGAGCAAUCAAAUGUUAAUACACUAGAGAAAAACUCUAAUGAAACUGUUAAAGAGUCUAUAAGAGAUUCUAAAACUAGUCAGAAUACUGGUGUUAAACUUCAAGAUACAAAUAAUUUACAUGAGGAUGAUGUAACCAAAAUAAAUAGAAACAAUUCCAUUAGCUCAAAUGAACCUACAAACACAAAUAACACACAAGAAUCGACCGAUGAUGACUCACAAAAAAGUACAGAUUUUGAGAAAGUGUUGAGUGAGUACACACAGAAGAAUACAGAUUUAGAGUUAACUAUUAAUGAGUAUUCUAAAAAAAACACUGAUUUGGAGAAUGAAAUAAAUAAAUGUUCAAAGAGAAAUGAUGACAUGGAAAACACUAUGAAUAAAUGUGCACAGAAAAAUUCUGAUAUUGAAUCGGCUAUUGAUAAGUAUUCUGUGGAUUAUAAUGGUGCUGAUGUCAGUAUUGUUAAGCAAAAUGAAACAAAUAGUGAAGAGGAAACUGCUAAUGGAAAAAAUACUGACUUUGAUUCAAUGAUCAACCCACAUCCAACAAAAAAUGUAGACCUUAAUGCAAUAGUUAAAGAAUAUGCAAAAAGGAAUUCUGAUAUAAUGACAUUGAUUAGUGAAUAUUCUCAAAAUAAUGUUGAUAUUCAAUCAGUUAUUGGUGAAUAUGCUAAAGGAAAUAUCAAGUUAGAAACAAUAAUUGAUGAAUAUUCUCAUAUAAAUGCUAAAAUCAAAACUAUGGUUAAUGAAUAUUCAGUAAACAAUAGUAAUGUAGAAAAAAUCAUUGAUCGAAACAAUCGAAAACAAUCAUUAAUUGAUAAAUAUUUUGUGGAAUCAGCUGUUGGAAAAGCUGUGGAUGCAGAUGAUACAAAAAAAAAUAAUGAAAUUACUAAUGUUAUUUGUGAAUCUGCAAGCUCAGAUAAUCUUGAAAUUAAUAUUGAAUCGACUGACACAUUAGUUGAUGAAUUGGCCAAUGAAGAAGAUAAAAAAGACUAAGGAAAUUAGGUUUUCUGUUAGGAAAAGUUAAAAUUAUUUUAACCCAAAAUAGAUACUCAUUAACUAAAUUAUAAACUAAUUUUAGUGUAAAAAAAAAAUUGUGAUUAAAAAUUUGAUUUAACUUAAGCCUAAAUUAUAUAAAUUUAAUAAAUAUGUAAAAAAUUAUUUCACUUUUAAUUCCAAUAUAUAAAAAUAUUAAAACUUUAAAAAAUAUAUAUAUUUAUAAUAUGUAUAAUAGCAGUAGUUUUAUAUUCAAUUUCAAUAUGUAAUAAAAUAGUAUUCCAUUAAAAUGGUAUUAAGGAUCCUUAAUAUAAUAUUAGAUGUUGUAUUUAAUGUUUUAUACUCAAAAGUUAAAAUAUUAGUUAAUUUAUUUUUUGAUGUCUUUCACAAUAUCAAGAAUACAGUUUGCUGACUUUUUUUAAAUUUAUUGCUGUAUUAGUGUUCUAUAAUAUUAUUAAUCUAAUAAUAAUUAUAAUCCAGCUCAUAUUUAAAUUAUUAUUAAAAUAUAUAAAAAUAUAUACAAUAAUACCUAAGCUUUUAUAAUUAAUAAUAAAUAUAAACUAUAUAAAGCAAUAUUCAUUGUCUAGGUUACUGUAACAUUUAAAGUUUUAUUAAUAUUAAUAUAAUAUUUAUUAUUCAAUUAAAUAUAAUAAUUUAGUUUUUGAACUUUUGAAGUAUACUAUUAUAAUAAUUUUGAUAUUAAUCUGACUAACUAAUAUUUUAUUAUGUCCAUUAUAUUAUUUUUUUUAUCUUAAUUAUUAUCAUAAAAUAGGCAACAAUAAAAGUUGGUUAAUUAAUAAAAAUAAUAAUUAUUCACUGUAAAUAACAAUAUUAUUGUAUUCCAAAAAUAUUUAUUAGUUUUUUUCAAAUAAAUAAUCAUAACUAAAGUAUUUUUAGUGAUCAAUAUACGAUCAUAAAAUAAAUAAAUAUCUAUGUAGGUAAUCUAGUAUUUCUAAUUAUUUUGUUUAACUUAUGAAUUUUUUUUUUUUAUUAAACUCAUCACUCAUUAUAAAUUCCAGUAUUAUAAAUCCAUAAAGUAUUAGUGAUUUUAGUUUUUGAUUUGCUUUUGUUUUCAUUUUUUUAAUAAAAGCAAAUCAUCAGAA